GUCACUCAGCAGUGAGCGCUCCGUCCGUGUCUGUGGCGGCUCUGCUGGUGUGGAUGGUACUGAGCGGGACGGACAUUUUGACCGAGACAUUCAUCAGCAGGAUCGCGUGAGUCCCGAUGGAGAAACGUGGACGAAGUUAGUGCUACGCAGAAAAACGUGCGGUGUCGACAGUUCCCACAGUCGGUGAUGCGUUUUGGUUUUUCCUCCGCAAGACACAGUGGGACAAGGAUUGAGUGACGAUGGGAUGGAUGUGAAUAUGUGCCAGUGGGCAGGUAUGCGAGCCCCUCUCCUCGGCCUGGCCCUGCUGCUGUUGCUUUUAAAACUACCACUCUCCUGCAGCCAGAGCACACAGGGGGCUCCUCAGGAUGGACAUAAUUUUGGCUUUACUCACGCUGUCUACCAUGCUACAGUCUAUGAAAACUCAGCUGCACGCACCUUUGCCAACAGUAAAGUUAAAAUGGGCAUCCACCUGGCUCAGCACUCCUGGGAGGUCCGCUUCAGAAUCACUUUAGGUGAUGAUGAAGGGCUUUUCAAAGCAGAGGAGUUUGUGCUUGGGGAUUUCUGCUUCUUACGCAUAAGGACUAAAGGUGGCAAUGCAGCCAUCUUAAACCGAGAGAUUCAGGAUAAUUAUGUAUUGACAGUGAAAGCCUCUGUCAAGGGAGAAGCUUUCCUUGAGACCUGGACUAAAGUCAGCAUCCAAGUCUUGGAUAUGAAUGACCUCCGACCCUUGUUCUCACCCACUACUUAUUCAGUUACCAUAGCGGAGAGCACACCUCUCAGGACGAGCAUAGCACAAGUUACUGCCACAGAUGCAGAUAUUGGCUCCAAUGGGGAGUUUUACUAUUUUUUCAAGGAGAGAAUGGAAUUGUUUGCUGUACACCCAACCAGUGGAGUGGUUUCUCUCAGUGGAAAGCUAAAUGUUGAUGAGCAAAAUCGGUACGAUUUAGAAAUUCUUGCAGUGGACCGCGGAAUGAAGCUCUAUGGAAAUAAUGGUGUCAGCAGCACAGCCAAGCUUUUUGUUCAUGUAGAACGCGUGAAUGAGCAUGCCCCAGUGAUGAAUGUGGUCACCCACAGUCCCACAUGGCUUGAUAAAAACCCUGUAUAUGCCAUAGUCACUGUUGAAGACCUAGAUGAAGGUAUAAAUGGAGAAAUAGACUCAGUGGAUAUUGUAGGCGGAGACCCCUCAGAGCAGUUUUUCAUAGAAAGAUGUGAGGAAGGAGAAUUUGCAAUAAAAGCCUCGGAGUCAGUACAAUGGGAGAUAUAUCCUUAUGGAUGUAACCUCACUUUGCAAGCUAAAGACAGGGGAGCCCCACAGAAGAUCUCUGCUGUCAAGGUUGUCCAUAUUAUCCUCAAGAAACGGCAGACAGGGGAAGCUAAGUUUGAAAAGGAGUUUUAUGAAGUUUGUCUGAAUGAAAUUUCACCACCAGGAACAAUUGUAGAAGUUGUUAAAAUUAAACCAGAGCCUGAUGAUGCAGAAUAUAUCCUGGCACCUUCUCCAAAUUCAGCUUUCUUUCAAAUGAACGCCCUAACAGGUGUCAUAUCCACCACUACCUGGCUCACUCAGGGGACCCAAGAUGUCAUUAGUCUUGAGGUAUUGGAAAUAGGUAGUGAGCUUAAAGUUAAAGUGCGUGUGACAAUUGAGGAUGCAAAUGAUAACACACCAACAUUCGAUCAGUCUUCUUAUGAGAUUUUUGUGAAUGAAAGUGUACAAGUUGGGACCGAUGUAUUAACAGUUUUUGCAGUAGACGAGGAUAAAGGAGAAAAUGGAUACAUUACUUACAGUAUUUCUAGCCUUCUGCCAUUACCUUUCAAAAUCAAUCAGUUUUCUGGUAUCAUUAGAACCACUAAAGAGCUGGACUUUGAAUCCUCACCAGAGAGCUUUGUGUUUGUGGUUAGAGCAUCUGACUGGGGCUUGCCUUAUAGGCGAGAGAGUGAAGUCAAUGUAACAAUCCACCUCGAAAAUGUUAAUGAUAACAAGCCAUUGUUUGAGAAUGUAGCAUGCCAGGGGGUGAUCUUGAGGGAUUUUCCAGUGGAGGCAGUGAUCACCACAAUGUCAGCGAUUGAUAUAGAUGAGUUAGAGCUAGUGAAAUAUAAAAUAAUUUCAGGGAACGAAUUGGGUUACUUUGACCUGAACCCAGAUUCAGGGGUCCUUGCACUGCGACGUCCCCUUGUGACAGCUAGUCCAAAGAACAGCGUCUUCAGUCUAAAAAUAACAGCCACAGAUGGUGAGAACUUUUCUGAUCCUAUGUUUGUUAACAUAUCUGUUGUUCAAGGAAAAUCUCCUCCAACAGGUUUUAACUGUGAAGAGACAAGGGUAGCCCAAAAGUUAGCAGAGAAGUUACUUAAAAAGUCCAAAGCUAGCACCAAGCCCAAAAUUGAAGAAGGUUUUAUUGACCUUUUCUCUGUCAAUCGCCAAACACCCCGAUUUGAUAAAACUUUUCCUAGAGAUAUAGCUGUGCGGGAAGAUCAGAAGAUUGGCUCGAGUGUUUUCAAGGUGAAUGCCUACGAUGGUGACACAGGCUUCAAUGGUCAGAUUCUUUACUCCAUUUCAGAUGGAAACACUGAUAGCUGUUUUAACAUUGACAUGGAAACCGGCCUCAUCAGUGUCUUUCUGCCCAUAGAUAGGGAAAAGAGAGAUCGCUAUCUCCUCAACUUAACAAUCUUUGACCUUGGCCUGCCACGGAAAACUGCCUGGCGAUUGCUUAGUGUCUACAUAGAAGAUGCUAAUGAUAAUGCGCCUCAGUUUUUGCAAGAAGGAGGCUAUAAAAUUGUCAUACCUGAAAAUACUGCCAUAGGCACAGAAGUCAUCCAGGUUGAGGCCACUGACAAAGAUCUUGGACCCAAUGGGGAAAUUGUAUAUUCCGUUUUGACCAUCACCACCCAGUUUAGUAUAAACUCCACUAAUGGGAUAGUAUAUGUUGCUGGCCAACUAGACAGGGAGUUUACUUCUUCUUUUAAUCUGAAAAUUGAGGCUCGGGACAGGGCAGAUAAAGGGAGUCAGAGGUUAUCUGUCACAAGUUUAAAGAUCAUACUGGAGGAUGUGAAUGACUGUCCCCCACAAUUCAUCCCCAAUGUGUACAAAGCCAAGGCUCUGGAAGAUCUUCCAGUCGGUACGGUUGUGGCAUGGUUAGAGACAUUGGAUCCAGAUCUGGGUUUGGGAGGCCAGGUCAGGUACUCUUUAGCCAAUAACUAUAAUGGCUGGUUUGAGGUAGACAGGGCCAGCGGGGCUAUUCGGCUGACAAAAGAGCUUGACUAUGAGAUUCAACAGUUUUACAACCUUACUGUGAAGGCCAAAGAUAAGGGAAGGCCUGUUUCUCUUCUCUCUGUCACAUUCGUUGAGGUGGAAGUGGUAGAUGUAAAUGAAAACCUCUACGCUCCAUACUUUUCCCAAUUUGCCUUGACAGCAUUAGUUAAAGAGAAUGACCGCAUUGGAACUACCCUACUCAGAGUCACCGCUAAUGAUGACGACAAUGGCAGAGAUGGAGAAAUCCGGUAUUCUAUUCGUGAUGGGAGUGGGCUUGGACGGUUUGCCAUUGAUGAAGAGACAGGAAUGAUCUACACUACUGAUGUGCUUGACCGAGAGACCAAGGAUUCGUAUUGGCUAACUGUGUAUGCCAGCGACCAUGGCGUGAUUCCCCAGUUCACUACUAUCGAGGUGUUCGUCCAGGUGGAGGAUAUUAAUGACAAUGCCCCACUGACCUCAGAGCCACUGUACAGACGCUCAGUGCCUGAGAACUCUCCACGUGAUGUUUCUGUAAUCCAGAUUCAAGCCCAGGACCCUGAUACCACGCCUCCCGCUGCUGUUGACAGGCUUAACUACCGUAUAAUCAGUGGAAAUCCACAGAACUUCUUCAUCAUCAACGGCCGCACCGGUCUGAUCACCACAACCUCAAGGAAACUGGACCGUGAACAACAAACAGAGCAUGUUUUGGAGGUGUUGGUGUCAGAUGGGGGUCCUAGUCCCAGACAGACUACAGUGUGGGUGAUGGUUCAGGUCCUGGAUGAAAAUGACCACAAGCCCACUUUUCCAGAGAAGGUCUACCAGGUCAAACUCCCAGAGAGAGAGCGGAAGAAAAAGGGUGAGCCCAUAUAUCGGGUGUUUGCCUACGACCGUGAUGAGGGGCCCAACAGCGACAUCUCCUACAGCAUUGUGGAUGGCAACGAGGAUGGGAAGUUCUUCAUCGACCCCAAAACAGCAGUGGUAUCAUCACGCAAGGCUUUCACUGCCGGGAACUACGACAUCCUAACUAUCAAAGCAACAGACAAUGGGCGUCCUCAGAAGUCCUCUACAGCUCGCCUGCACAUUGAGUGGGUCCGUCGACCUACUCCUUCGACUCUACCACUGCUCUUUGAUGAUCCAUUUUACAACUUCACUGUCAUGGAAAAUGAUAAGGUGGCUGAGAUCGUUGGUGUGGUGUCCUUGCAGAGGAGCUCUGCCCACUUAUGGUUUGACAUUACAGGUGGGAAUAGCGACAGUGUAUUUGAUGUGGAGAAGUCUGUGGGCACUAUUAUCAUCGCCAAGCCUCUGGAUGCUGAACAGCGCUCCUUCUUCAAUCUGACAGUGCAAGCCACAGAUGGCACCAACAAUGCAUACACACAGGUUCACAUCAUUGUCAUGGACACCAAUGACAAUGCUCCCAUUUUCUCCCAAUCAACCUAUGAUGUCACUAUUUCUGAAGAUACACCACCAGACUCUGAGGUGGUCCAGGUUUUGGCAUCUGACCGUGAUGAGCAUCAUCAGCUGACCUAUACACUACAGAGCUCCAUCGACCCCAGCAGCAUGCGUCUGUUCCGCAUCCACCCUACUGUGGGCACCAUCUACACUGCUCAGAGGCUGGAUCAUGAGGCCUGCGCCCAGCACAUCCUGACUGUUGUUGUAAAGGACCAAGAGUUCCCCUACAGAAAGAACCUGGCUCGUGUGCUAAUAGAGGUGGAAGAUAUAAAUGACCAUGUACCCAUCUUUACUAGUGCUUUAUAUGAAGGCCAAGUUUAUGAGUCUGCAGCAGUGGGAUCAGGUGUGGUGCAGGUCACUGCUCUUGACAAAGACAAAGGAGAGAACGCAGAGCUACACUACUCCAUUGAAGCAGGGAACACUGGAAAUGCAUUCAAUAUUGAGUCCGUUUUGGGUAUCAUCACUGUUGCACAUGACCUGGAUUUGUCCAGCAUAGGCCAUUAUGUUCUCACUGUCAGAGUCACUGACAAUGGCUCCCCUCCCCUAUCCACCACCACUAUUGUGCGUAUUGCUGUCACCCUCUCUGACAAUGCUGGCCCAAAGUUCCCUCAGCCUGAGUACCAAGCUGAAAUCACAGAAAAUGCAUUGAUUGGGACCUCUGUAACCACCGUCAGUGCUGUAAGCCAGUCCACCUUAACUUAUGACAUCAAGCAAGGUAACAAAGACCGUAUUUUUCAGAUUAAUCAAUACAGUGGUGUGAUUACUAUUCAAAGGCCUCUAGACUUUGAGACCACAGCAUCUUAUACUCUGAUAGUCCGGGCUACCAACAUGGCUGGCAUGGCCUCCAAUGCUACUCUGUUAAUUCAGGUCGUGGAUGAAAAUGACAACCCGCCAGUGUUCCAGCUGCUCCAUUAUCGUGGUAGCAUCAGCGAGGCAGCACCAGUGAACAGUGUGGUAUGGGACUCAGAUGACUCACCUCUCGUAAUAAAGGCCACAGAUGCUGACCGUAGCCAAAAUGCUCUGUUAGUCUACCAGAUUGUUGAGGAUACAGCAAAAAUGUUCUUCACAGUAGACUCAGGGACUGGCUCCAUUAGAACCAUUGCUAAUCUAGACCAUGAGACAUUUUCCAAUUUUUACUUCCAUGUCCAUGUGAGGGAUAACGGUAGGCCACAGUUGACGGCAGACAGUCCAACUGAAGUAACAAUACAAGUGAUUGACACAAAUGAUUCACCACCUCGUUUUACCCAGAAUGCCUAUGAAACAGUCCUGCUACUUCCCACCUUUGUGGGAGUAGAAGCUUUGCAGGUUUCAGCUGUAGACCCUGAUAAAGGUGUUUUCGCAGAGCUUACCUACUCUCUGACUGAUGAUGUACGUGAUUACCUUGCCAUUAAACCUUCAAGUGGAGUCAUCAUUGUCAAAAACAAUAACUUCACCAAAGAAUAUUUCCGCUUUAGUGUCAAAGUUUCAGAUGGUAAAUUCUACAGCAUGGCUUUGGUGACCAUUCUUGUCCAAGAAGCUCUGGAUUCUGGCCUCAUCUUCACCCAUAGUCUUUACUCUGCCUCUAUUCAGGAGAAUGUGUCAAACGUCACCCAAGUUUCUGUGGUUAAUGCCGUGGGGAACCAUCUAAAUGAACCUUUGAAGUACACCUUAUUGAAUUCUGGUACACGCUUUAAAAUUCGUCCGACUUCUGGUGUUAUCCAAACCACAGGAAUACCCUUCGACCGUGAAGAGCAAGAGUUUUAUGAACUGGUUGUUGAGGCAAGAAGGGAGUAUGACCAUCUGCAUGUGGCUAGAGUUAUGGUUAGAGUCCAAGUUGAGGACAUAAAUGAUAAUACUCCUGUGUUUGUUGGACUUCCUUAUUAUGCAGCUGUUCAAGUAGAAGCUGAGCCAAGAUCACCUGUUUUCAGCGUAAUGGCAGUAGACGGUGACAAAGGAAUUAAUGGAGAGAUAUCUUACUAUCUUCAAGAUGACCAUGGUCACUUUGAGAUCAACCAACAGACAGGUGUUCUCAGCCUUAGGAGAGCCUUUGAAUCCGAUCUGUCUAUUGUUGAAUACCAAAUGGUGAUAAAUGCCAGAGAUGGUGGUUAUCCACCUCUCUCAUCUACUAUAGAGUUCCCCAUCACUGUAGUCAACAAGGCAAUGCCUGUCUUUGACAGAUCAUUUUAUUCUGUUUCUGUUAAUGAGGAUGUAGCUUUGCACACACCUAUCAUGGGCAUCAAUGCCACUAGCCCUGAAGGUCAAAACAUCAUCUACACUAUUGUUGAUGGAGAUCGAUCUCUUCAGUUUGACAUUGGUUUUGAUACUGGAGUCAUUAGUGUCAUCCACUUUUUGGACUAUGAAGCAGCAUCAUCUUACCACCUGACCAUCAGAGCCACAGACUAUCUUACUGGUGCUCGUACAGAGGUUGAUGUUGAUGUGAUUGUCCAGGAUGUUAAUGACAAUCCGCCUAUCUUCCAGAAAAUGUCCUACAGGGUAGUUUUGUCUGAAACAGCCAUGAUUGGAACCCCAGCCCUUCAAGUUAUUGCCACUGAUAAAGACUCAGAGAAGAACAAUGUUGUCCGCUACCAGAUCUUCUCAGAUGCACAUAACAGCACAGAUUACUUUCACAUAGAUAGUAGCAGUGGAUUAAUCCUCACAGCACGUAUGCUAGAUCAUGAACUACUCCAGAAGUAUGACUUUAUUGUCAGGGGCACUGAUAAUGGCUUCCCACCACUUAGUAGUGAAGUAUGUGUCACAGUUAUAGUAAAUGAUAUGAAUGAUAAUCCUCCAUUUUUCAAUCAGUUACUCUAUGAGGCAUAUGUGAAUGAAUUAGCACCAAGGGGCCAUUUUGUAGCCUGUGUCCAGGCCUCAGAUGCUGACAGUUCAGAUUGGGAAAAACUGGAUUACAGCAUUUUGUCAGGAAAUGAAAGGAUGAACUUUGUAAUGGACAAAAAGACAGGAAUCCUCACGUUGUCUAAUCACCGGAAGCAAAGAAUGGAGCCUGCAUACAGUCUCAAUGUUUCAGUGUCUGAUGGAGUAUUCACCAGCACUGCACAGCUUCAUAUUAAGAUGUUGGAAGCCAACCUGUACAGUCCAGUGUUUGGACACAAUCUGUAUGAGGCGGAGUUAAGAGAGAAUGCUGCAGUAGGAACCAAAGUUAUACAGGUUAAAGCAACAGAUGCAGAUCCCGGAGUGUUCGGCCACUUCACUUAUUCCUUUGUUAAUGAUGUGGGAAAGGACCAGUUCAGCAUUGAUGCAAAUGGUCAGAUCACCACUUCAGAAAAGCUUGAUCGUGAGGACCCAGCCAACAAGAACAUCAUUUUGACAGUGGUAGCCCGGGACUCUGGUGGACUUGACUCCUAUUGUACAGUACAAGUUACUCUUUUGGAUGAUAAUGAUAAUGUACCUCGCUUCCGUGCCACUGAGUACAGAGCUUCAGUCAAAUCUGAUGUUGCUACAGGAUUUUUGGUGACACAGAUCCAGGCCUAUGACCCUGAUGAUGGCACUAACGCCAAAGUUACAUACUCACUUUACAGUGAGGCACAUGUCUCAGUGGUAGACAUUUUGGAAAUAGACCCAGACAAUGGUUGGAUGGUGACCAAAGGCAGCUUCAGUCACUUGAGGAACUCUGUAUUAUCUUUUUUUGUGAAAGCUGUGGAUGGAGGACAUCCAGUCAGACACUCUUUAGUGUCUGUCUACAUCCAUGUUCUUUCUCCAGAUUCUUUAAUUCCUUACUUUAGCCAACAUCAAUAUUCAUUUGGCGUGCCAGAGGAUACUCCCAUAGGGUCAACCAUAGGGAUGGUGCGACUCAAUACUCAUCCUGGAUAUGCUUUGGUCUCUGGAAAUUUUGCCCUGGUUAAUGGAGAGACUGGAGAAAACAACCAAGACGGAGUAUUUGUGGUGGAUAAGGACACUGGUGUGAUCAAGCUUGAUAAGUCCUUGGACUAUGAGGUCAUCAAAGGAUACCACUUCAAAAUCACUACCACUGUAAAACAGGCAAAGCUUGAUUCUGUGACUUCUGUUGAUGUGGAAAUCAAAGUAUUUGAUCUAAAUGACAACAAACCAGCCUUUGAAGCUAACUCAUAUGAGGCCACAGUAAUGGAGGGCAUGUUAAUUGGAACCAAAAUCAUUCAGGUGCAAUCAGUAGACCCAGACUCAGGGGCAAAUGGCCAGGUAACAUACAGUCUUGGGGCAUUAAUUCAGUCAGGAGGAGAUUCAGACACACUGGUUGACACUUUUAGUAUUGACAGCAACACAGGCUGGAUCUCAACAUGCAAAAACCUGGACCAUGAAACCGAUUCAUCUUACACAUUCACAGUUGUGGCCUCAGACCUUGGGGAAACUUUGUCUCUUUCCAGUACCACUACUGUGACAGUGGCAGUGGCAGACAUCAAUGACAACCCACCGAGGUUUCUGGAGCAGCAUUACUUUAGUUCAGUUCAGGAGAGUGACCAUCCAGGAGAGGUGGUAGCUGUGCUGAACACUAGAGAUGAUGACAGCUCUGCUCUUAACCGGCAAGUCAGCUACCACAUCACUGGUGGAAACUAUCGGGGCGUGUUUGCUCUGGGCCUGGUUCAGGGUGAAUGGAAGAUGUAUGUGAAGAGACUGCUAGACAGGGAGGAGCACAACCUCUACAUCAUCAAUGUCACUGCAAGCGACGGACUCUUUGUCUCCCAGGCAACCUUCGAAAUUACAGUUUUAGACACAAAUGACAACAGCCCCGUCUGUGACCAGGUUGUGUACACUGCUUCCUUUCCAGAGGACCUCCCAGUCAACAGUGUGCUGCUGAGGGUUGGAGCUACAGAUGCGGAUUUGGGUGUCAGUGGAUGGGUCCAGUACUCCUUACAUGGUCCUGGCUCCCAGGAUUUCAGCAUGAACCCAGACACUGGUGAGCUCAAGUCAUCUGUGACUCUGGACCAUGAGAUGAUGCCCAGCUAUCGCCUGAUUGCCCAGGCAACUGAUGGUGGUGGAAAAUGGUGUCGUUCUAAGGUGCAGCUGGUAGUGACAGAUGUGAACGACAACCCCCCAAUCUUUACCCUGUCACAUUACACUGCCAGCAUCUAUGAAGAUACUGCCAACAAAGCCCUGCUCACCCGUAUCCAGGCUAUUGACCCUGAUGAAGAAGGUCCAGGCCGGAUGGUGGCCUAUUCCCUGGUUGACUCUGCUGGAGGCUCCUUCUCCAUCGAUAAAUCCUCAGGCAUUGUUGUCCUGGAACGGGUUCUCGACCGUGAGGUCCAGUCAGCUUAUCAGAUUACAGUCCUUGCUUCAGACCAGGGUUCACCGCUGCCUCUCUCUUCAUUGGUCAAUGUGACGAUCACCGUGCUUGACAUCAAUGACAACCCUCCUGUUUUUGAGCGCCGGGACCAGAUGGUAACAGUGCUGGAGGAUGUGGGAGUAGGCACUGAAGUUCUGAGAGUUUAUGCUGCAAGCAAGGACAUCGGAACCAAUGCUGAAAUCACUUACAGUAUCCGAUCAGGCAACGAGCACGGGAAGUUCCACAUCCACCCACUGACUGGUGCCAUUUUAAUUGCCCAAUCUCUGGACUACGAGACCUGCAGGGACUACUUCCUGACGGUGGAAGCUCGUGAUGGUGGCACACCGCCACUGAGUGCAAUUUCUACAGUGAACAUAAACCUGACAGAUGUCAACGAUAAUGCACCCAUGUUUAACCAUGAUGUCUAUAGUGCAGUGGUGUCCGAGGAUGCCAACAUUGGAGAAUCUGUAGUCCAGCUAUUAGCAGAGGAUGCGGACAGUCAACUGAAUGGAGCCAUCCUCUACUCCAUUGUAAGUGGAGACAGAGACAACCAGUUCUUCAUUGACCCACUCAGUGGGGUCAUCAAGGUCAACAAGCAACUGGACCAUGAGACAGUUUCCAGCUACUCAUUGGCUAUCAGAGCUCUGGAUAGUGGAAUCCCACCCAUGUCCUCCAACGUGAUGGUCAACAUAGAUAUCUCUGACAUCAACGACAACCCGCCCACCUUUUCCCCGGCCAACCUCUCUACUGUAAUACAGGAAAACAAGCCAAUUGGCACCACCAUCCUACAGUUAUCUGUAAUUGAUCAGGACUCCUCCCACAAUGGCCCUCCCUUUGACUUCUGCGUCCUGUCAGGAAAUGAUGGUGAAGAGUUUGUCCUCGAGAAGGAUGGAACACUGGUGACCAAUCAAGUGUUCAGAAGAGACCUGGCAACUGAAUAUAGUAUUCAGAUACAGGCGAAGGACUCUGGGAAACCUCGCCUGUCCUCCUCCUCCAUGCUGAAGGUCAGGGUAAUUGAGGAGAGUCUUCACCGCCCAGUGGCAUUACCACUCGAGAUUCAUAUCAUCACUAUGGAGGACGAGUUUCCUGGUGGUGUGAUUGGCCAGCUGCACGCCACUGAUGCUGACCCUUAUGAUGCUCUGACCUUUGGCCAUUCUCCCCCAGCCCAGCGCAGUCUCUUUAAGAUCAGUCCUCGAGAUGGGAAAAUAAUUGCUCUGGGUGGGUUGGAUGCAGGCAGGUACUCCCUUAAUGCAAGUGUUAGUGAUGGCCGCUUUGCCGUGCCUGUGCCUGUGAGUGUGCACGUGGAACAGGCAACACCAGAGAUGCUGCGCGAGGCAGUGACAGUGCGUUUUGAAAGUGUGGCACCACAAGACUUUGUGGCAUUGCACCUGAAGAGUGUGUUGAAGGUGCUUCAACGGGCGGCUGCAUCACAGCAGCAAGACAUGCUGCACCUUCUCAGUCUGCAGCCAGUUGGUGGGACGCAACAACUGGACUUGCUUGUCGCAGUUGAAACAGUGGGGGGUGGCUACUACAAGGCGGCCUACCUCACCCAGAAACUGAGUGCAUUGAGGCGUCAGCUGGAAGAGGUCCUCAGAGUGUCGGCAAUCCUAGAUAAAAACUGCUCAGGGCUGGAGUGUCGCGGGGCUCAGUGUGAACAGAGUAUCAUCCUGGACUCACACAACCUGGCCACAUACAGCACACCACGGGUCAGCUUUGUCUCACCACGCUUUCAACGGACCUCGCGCUGUACAUGCAGUGAUGCCACCUGUGCUGUGCUGACAGAACAAUGUGAGGACCAGCCUUGUCCAGCAGACAUGCAGUGUGUUUCUGUUGAGAAUACCAGAGGGCGAUAUGCGUGCCAGUGUCCACCAGGCAAACUUGGAGAGUGUGCAGGUCAUUCGUCUCUGAGCUUCUCAGGUAACAGCUACAUCAAGUACAAACUGUCUGACCGGCUGCAGACAGAGCUGAAGCUUAGCCUGAGGAUCAGAACACUGCAGAGCCGAGGAAUCAUCAUGUACUCACACACAGAGCCCUGCACUGUGCUCAGGUUGGAGGAGGGGAAGCUUUGGUUCCAGCUGGCCUGUGGCUUUGGCAGUGAUGGAGGUGGAGGUGGUGACAGUCACAACAUGUUGGGGAUCUCUGGCCGCCGUAUCAGCGACGGCAGCUGGCACACUGUGGCACUGGAGCUGAACCGCAACUUCAGCAGCCUGGCGCUGGAUGACAGCUAUGUUGAGCAACGCGGGGGACCACCGUUCAUACAACCACUCUCUCCAGAUAGAACCAUCUACUUUGGAGCCCUGGUGCAGCAUCCAAACUCUCGCAGCCUCCUGGACUCCCAGAAGGACCCGCGGGUCAUUGAGGGUUUCCAGGGUUGCUUGGACUCGGUCAUGCUGAACAACAAUGAGCUGCCGCUGCAGAACAAGCGCUCUCGCUACGCAGAGGUGGUGGGACUGACUGAGCUGAAGCUGGGCUGCAUCCUCCACCCUGACGCCUGCCUGCAGCAGCCCUGUCGCAAUGGAGCCACUUGCACCAGCCUGCCCUCUGGUGGUUUCUCAUGCAGUUGUAACCCCCUCUACACUGGAGAGCACUGUGAGAUGGAGAUAACGGCCUGUGUUCCCAACCUAUGUCAGAACAGUGGUGUGUGUAAACCCAUUGGCAAUGCUUUCCUCUGCAGCUGCAGAAGAGGCUUCAGAGGCUUAACCUGUGAGGAAGAUGUGAACGAAUGUGACCGCAGCAAUCCAGAGGGCGAGUGUGAGAAUGGUGGCAUCUGCGUCAACACUCAUGGGUCUUUCUACUGUAACUGCACGGCAGGCUUCGUGGGGCAGCGCUGCGGACUGCGCCCCGUCGUCGUCCCCAACAUGCAGGCUGGUCCGACUGUGGUCGGUAAAGAGGAGCUGAUUGGCAUCGCUGUUGUUCUUUUUGUCAUCAUCAUCCUUAUCAUCCUCUUCAUCGCUUUCCGAAAGAAGGUUUUCCAGAAGAACUAUUCAAGGAACAACCUGUCUCUGGUCCAGGACCCAGCCACUGCAGCACUCCUCAACAAAGCCAAUGGUGUUCAGUUUAAGACCUUACACUGCUCACCCGGAGACCCACUGAACCUGUACUCAGAGUCAGGGCUCGGGUCCACCGUGUUGGGGGAGGGUGGGAUGAUUGGACCCCCACAGGUUCCUGUGAGGCCCAUGGCGUACACACCAUGUUUCCAAGGAGACCCACGCUCGACGUUGGAGAAGAUGGUGGAUGGGUGUUGUGUGGAGCAUACAGAGAUGAGCACUUUUCACCUGGAAACCCCAAGGAUUCUUUCAGGAACCACCAGGAGGGGGGUGGUGGUGUGCAGUGUGGCCCCGAACCUGCCGCCAGUGUCACCCUGUCGCUCAGACUGUGACUCCAUACACAAGAGCCCAUGGGACAGUGAUGAGGGUAAAAUGGUUGACAUGGCUGAAGAAUUAACGUGUUUCUCAGGGAGCAACAAAGGCAGUAACUCAGAGGUCCAAUCACUGAGCUCCUUCCAGUCUGACUCAUGUGAUGACAAUGCAUAUCACUGGGACACAUCAGACUGGAUGCCAAGCACCAGGCUGUCAGACAUUGAAGAGGUGCCAAGCUAUGAGACCGGUCCUGGCAGCGAAGUAGCAGGUUCAGUGCCCCGACUUGAAGGAAGCACACGUGAAUUGGAGUCAGACUACUACCUGGGGGGCUACGACAUUGACAGUGACUACCCACCUCCUCAUGAAGAGUUCUUGAGCCAGGACCAGCUGCCACCUCCGCUGCCCACAGGUGAGGACUAUCCAGAGCCCUACGCACCACUGCCCACCAAUCCACCAGCCUCCAAGGAGAGCACCCUGAGCUCUGGAGGCACUGGGCUUCAGCAUUCCAGGCCACACUUCCAUCCCAGUCAGUACCUACCUCCUCACCAGCUACCCGUUGGGGAGACAUCUCAUGGGAACUUUAGCGCUUGUGGUGUAACCCCAGGAAAUGGGGACACUGAUGACUCAGUAUCACCAAAUAUGCGACUAUCUGUUGGAGCAUCAUCAGCCUCAGACAUGUCAGCUCCCUGUGGGCUCGAUGAUUCUGAACAUGGCAGUGACUUUGAUAGUAUGGACGAGCUUCGUCGAGGGGUGACCAUCAUCACUGACUCACAGCAGCAGACUGAGGUGUGAUUUAUAGAAUGGGUCAGAAGGAGCAUAAGAUUACGGUGGAUGUAAGGAGAUGCAGAAGUGGAUGUUAUCACAGGUGAAGACAUGCUUUGUCAGCAACACUAGGUACUGCUACAACCACAUUCUGGAAGAAUAAUAUUGAGAUCACAAACUUAAAACUGCCUUUUACUUGUUCAGGCAACCCAUUCCAGAGAUGUAAAUGGUGUACGAUACCAAGAACGACUUAUUGACUGUGUGUCAAAUCUUUUAAAAAACUAUCCUUUUUCAAUUGGGAGUCAAUUGUCAUGUGAGAAAAAUGGUAUUGAGAAAGUGAAUGAGAAAGACAAAUCCAAAAGAGGUUGAGAAACAUUGAAAGAAGAGAAAGGACAAUCAUGAAAGUGAAAGGGUUGUUUAGUUCCCUGCUCCUCCACAGAAGCCCAGCGGACCAUUUUUUUUCCAAAAAAACAAACAAACAAAGAACAACACAAUUUCCAUUUUCCCUCUUGGAUUUGUAACCUGUUGUGGUGAUCCAAGCUUGUACAGACUUGUAAAAUAGAAUGACCUUACAGGGGAAUAAGUAUGAAACAAUGUUCUGGCCAACUUAUCAAAAAGCUAUUUAUUCUUUUUAAUGUGGAAUGUGCUUGCUCCUUUUCUAGAAAUAUCAAAGCCACAUCAAUUCAGAACAUUUAAUUGAUCUUAUUUCAGAGCACAAAAUGUCCAUUAUGUCAUCAUUAUUUCAAUUGCCUUAUCUUUUGUGAUGAAGCUAAUAGCUGAUGUAUUUUCUAAUGUAUUUCAAAGCCUGUUGUCUCAAGAUCACAAACCAGAUCAGAGUAUUUAUAUUUAGUGUUUAAAGACUAGGGCAAAUAUUUUAUGCUAUUAUCAGCCAAACAUUGUCCUACGUUAAUCAGGACGUUUGAGUCUCUGUGAAGCAUAAAUAGCUAACCAGCUACUACACGUGCAAUGCCAUUGCACUGUAAUAACAAAAGCAAAGUCUAAUGCUGCUCUAUUUCACCUGACUUUUAAUUGUAAUGGACAAAAUUUAUCCUGAAUAGUCUGAAUAAUAUUCACAAAUAAAUGCAGUCAAAUGAAAACAGUGUGUUUAAAAGGUUUAUCUUCACAUAACCAAAUAGUUAAGUAGUAUCACUGAGACAGAAAUCCUUUGAAAUACAUAUUAGUAACCACAGCUACUCUUAGCUUCAGUCAUUUUUGUUUUGUUUUAUCUACGUUGCACUAGAGUUUUGUUUUGGGCUUGUCCUGGUGUUUUUGGUUAAAUACAGUGGUGCCAUAUUCACUAAUCCUGCAGGUUGCGGUAUGCCACUAUAAUUGUUCUUUUCGAAGCAGUGAAAAGAACAAUUCUAAAGGUUAAAAUGUCCCUUCAGUGGUGAAAACCUUCGGUAAAAAGCACCAGCUGGUUAUGCUGUAAAGCUGAGUUUUAACGUUUACACAAUUUAUUUCCAGAUAUCCAUGUGGAGUAGAUACAAUGCUAAACUCUUGAUUUCCGUGUUUUCUGAUACUUACUUCUCAGCAUUUUUUCAGACAGAAGUCGGUCACUGAUGGCUUAGUUCCCAUCCGGGGUCCAGAACAGACUGCUUCAGAUCAUCACUGUAUUGUUCUAUACUGUAGAACUGCCUGAUCCACUUGGACAUGCAGCUACCUUUCUCUUUGUAAAAUAUGUAUGUUUGUGUUUAAACCUUAAAGUGUACAUAACUAGGAUGUUAAAAUGCAGAUUUUGUAGAUAUGGAAUCCUGGGCAAUCCUGAGCUGCCAAUGAGCUUGUUUUUGAUUGUUUGAUGUGAAUGUGGACAUUAAGAGACUGUGGAAUAUCAAAUAUGUUCUCAUCAUUCUUAUUCUGACACUGACUUGCUCAAAGUUGAUUUUAACUCUUGUAGUAUUGCUUUUGAAUUCAACAGAAAGCCACUUCAAUACUAUACGAGUAUUGCACAUUACUGAAUUCAGACAUUUACAUCCCAGAUGACGUUUUGCAUCUUGUUAUCGUAAGGAGGGAAUGUUUUUGUUUAAUUCUUUCAUGCUGGAUGUUCUGAUACAUUUCUGAAGUUAUUUUCAAAUAUUUGCUUUCAAAGACAUUAGACAGUGUAAAAAAUAUGUCUCCUUGUCUGCAGAAACUGAGUGUAUAAAAUUAUUAUCUUUUUUUUUAAACUUUUUUUAAUUCAGUGCAGAAAAUAAAA